AUGACGAGUUGGAUAUCUGAGGGAGAAGUUGGUGAUGGCAGGAACGAUUCGUCGUGGAUGAUGUAUCCGAUGGUUCUUCACUUCAGCAAGCACGAAUACAUCUUGGUUAAUUUUUGGAAGAUUGGAACAGCUCUUGGUCUGUCCACAUCUGUCCUUAUUGUUUUCUUAUUAAGCAUCUUAUAUGAAGCAGUUAAAGCUCUUCGCUUAUAUUUUGCUCGAAAUCGUGCUGUUGAAAAAUGGAAUCAACGUAUCCAAUCAAACAUUGUCGUUCGAGAAUCGUCGGAACAUGCUGACAGCGUGAGUACCGAAAUGAACUCAUAUUCACCUAUUUUCAGAUUUAGGGGACUUCGAGCACUGAAACAGCUGUUGACGUUUUAUCGAAUAGUUCAGUCAUCUUUGUACUUUACACAAAUACUUUUGGCUUACAUCUUAAUGCUUAUCGCGAUGACUUUUAAUGUUUGGAUAAUACUUGGAAUUGUAGCCGGCGAAGCGAUUGGUUAUUUUCUUUUUUCCGAAGAACUGACUUCUGAUGAAAACGUUGGAGCAAAUUUUUGUUGUUAG